AUGGCUGCUAAGAGUUUUUACGAGUUGGAAUGCAAGGACAAGAAAGGUGAGACUUUCAAGUUCGAUACCUUGAAGGGCAAGGUUGUCCUGAUUGUCAACGUUGCCUCCAAGUGUGGUUUCACCCCACAAUACAAGGAUUUGGAGAGCUUGUACCAGAAGCACAAGGACGAGGGCUUGGUCAUCCUUGGUUUCCCAUGCAACCAGUUCGGUGGCCAAGAACCUGGCUCUCAAGAGGAGAUCGGUAACUUCUGCCAAUUGAACUACGGUGUCACUUUCCCAAUUAUGCACAAGAUUGAGGUUAACGGUGACAACACUGACCCUGUAUAUGACUUCUUGAAGUCUCAAAAGAGUGGCCUGCUGGGUCUAAAUAGAGUCAAGUGGAACUUUGAGAAAUUCUUGGUCGACAAGCACGGUAAGGUUCACCAGAGAUACUCUUCUUUGACCAAGCCAAUGUCCAUCGAAGACGACAUUAAGCAAUUGCUUGCUCAAAAAUAA